AUGGAUAUUUCCAAGCCCGUCGGUUCCGAAAUCACAUCGGUGGACUUUGGGAUCUUGUCCACUGAUGAGAUCAGGAAGUUGUCUGCUAAGCAAAUCACCAAUCCUGUGGUGUUUGAUAACUUGGGUCAUCCCAUAGCAAAUGGGUUGUACGACCUAGCUUUGGGUGCUUUUUUGAGAAACUUGUGUACCACAUGUGGGCUUGAUGAGCAUUCUUGUCCUGGGCACCAAGGUCAUAUUGACUUACCCGUCCCAGUGUACAAUCCCUUAUUUUUAAAUCAAGUGUUUCUUUUUUUGAGAUCCUCUUGUCUUUAUUGCCAUCAUCUCAGGCUUAACUCUCUUGCAGUUUACAAGUACUCUUGCAAGCUUCGUUUGAUUCAAUAUGGACUCCUUCUUGAGUGUCAAGAACUUGAGGAUAUGACUGUCAAAGAUGGUGUUGAUGAUAAUGAAGAGGGCAGCGACAACUCUCCACAUGAUUCUGCUGGAGCUGCCCAAUUAAAAGAGAAAUUGGCAGCAUUUGUGGAGAAUGCAAUUAUGUCAGCUUUAAAAGAGGGACGCACAGACGCAAAAGGAGUCGUGACUGAAACCGUUGGAGAAGUGAGAAAGGAAACAGUGGCAGACUUUUACAGAAAAAUUUUGUCUCGAGGAAAAUGUGAGAACUGUGGAAUGUUUUCGCCUACCUUUCGUAAGGAUGGAGCUGUUAAAAUUUUUGAAAACCCCUUGACGGAUAAGCAAGAGAGCAACAAUAGAGUCAAGGGCGGCAAUCGUCCGGACGCACUCAAAAAAGGCUCCUCUCAGAAUACUCCCUCAAUGCCAUCUGCCAAACCUAAGUCAGGCUCCAAGUAUGUUUUAUCCACAGAAGUGAGGUAUAUUUUGAGAAAUGUCUUUCAAAAUGAACAAGAAAUCAUGCAGAAGCUCUUUCACUCUAGGCCAACGUCGACGGGUACAGUAAGAGCAGACAUGUUUUUCAUACAUGCGCUUAUUGUGCCAGCAACUCGUUUCCGUUUACCCUCAAAGCUCGGCGAUGAGAUCCAUGAAAACGCACAGAACGAGCUAUUAUCAAACAUUUUGAAAACUUGUAUCUUGAUAAGGGACCUCAACGACCAAAUCGCGGCAUCCUUCUCGAAAGAGAAGGCAUCAAACAACGAAAACAGAAAGCUUCUAUUCAAUAGAUUGAUGAACGCCUUUGUCACCAUACAGAACGAUGUGAAUGUUUUCAUUGAUUCCUCGAAGAAUAUGAACAGUACGGGUGGCAAGCAACCCACUCCUGGAAUAAAACAGGCACUCGAAAAAAAGGAAGGUUUAUUCAGAAAACACAUGAUGGGAAAAAGAGUGAAUUAUGCUGCUCGCUCUGUUAUCUCACCUGAUCCGAAUCUCGAGACAAAUGAGAUCGGAGUUCCACCUGUCUUUGCUGUAAAGCUUACCUACCCUGAACCCGUUACAGCACAUAAUGUCGGGGAAUUGAGACAAGCAGUCAUAAAUGGUCCCGAUAAAUGGCCUGGUGCGGUUGAAGUUCAGAAUGAAGACGGAUACAUGACUUCCUUGGUUGGUAUGUCUCUUGAACAAAGAAAAACUGUUGCGAAUCAACUUCUUACUCCUUCUAACGGUCAUUCUAGUCUCAACAAAAAAGUCUACAGACACAUCAAAAACAAAGACGUUGUGAUUAUGAAUCGUCAACCCACCUUACAUAAGGCAUCGAUGAUGGGGCAUAGAGUAAGAGUUUUGCCAGGUGAAAAAACACUCCGCUUGCAUUAUGCGAACACCGGUGCAUAUAAUGCUGAUUUUGAUGGCGAUGAGAUGAACAUGCAUUUUCCUCAAAACGAAAACGCAAAGUCUGAGGCUCUCAACCUUGCUAAUACUGAUUCGCAGUAUUUGACACCCACAUCUGGUUCUCCUUUAAGAGGUUUGAUUCAGGAUCACAUAAGUGCUGGUGUAUGGUUGACCAAUAAGGAUACUUUUUUUACCAGAGAGAAGUAUCAACAACUCAUUUAUGGAUGCAUUAGACCUGAAGACGGACACACAGGUGGAAGUUCUCGAAUUUUGACAGUGCCCCCCACAAUUUUUAAACCUGAGCCAUUGUGGACUGGUAAGCAGGUAAUCACUACAAUACUAUUGAAUAUUAAACCCAAAGGCGUUCCAGGUAUCAAUCUUGAGUCAAAGAACAAAGUCAAAGAUGAAUAUUGGGGUAAUGGAUCACAGGAGAACAGGGUUAUUUUUAAAAACGGAGAGUUAUUAUGCGGUAUUUUGGACAAAUCGCAGUAUGGUGCAGCACAGUAUGGAAUUGUGCACUCGCUUCAUGAGGUCUACGGCCCUGCAAUUGCUAGUAAGGCAUUAUCAGUUCUUGGGAGGCUAUUCACCAACUACAUCAUGACCACAGCAUUCACCUGUGGAAUGGACGAUUUGCGACUCACCGACGAAGGUAACAAAUGGAGAAGUGAGAUCCUCAAAAAAUCGGUUGACAUUGGUAGGGCGGCAGCUUGUGAAGUCACGAAUUUAGAUGCUGGGACGCCAAAUCAUGAUCGCGAGUUGCUCAAAAGACUUGAAGAAAUCUUGAGAGAUGAUAGUAAGCUUGGUAUUCUAGAUGCGAUUACUCAGUCCAAGGUCAACGCCAUUACAUCUCAAGUUGUUGGCAAGUGUGUACCAGGAGGAACCAUGAAAAGAUUUCCUUACAAUAGUAUGCAAGCAAUGGCUUUAUCAGGUGCAAAAGGAUCCGGUGUUAAUGUGUCCCAGAUCAUGUGUUUGUUAGGUCAGCAGGCAUUGGAAGGCAGAAGAGUUCCUGUGAUGGUUAGUGGGAAGACAUUGCCGUCAUUCAAACCAUUUGAGACUGAUGCUCGUGCGGGUGGUUACAUCAAGGGCCGUUUUUACUCAGGUAUUAGACCACAGGAGUAUUAUUUCCAUUGCAUGGCUGGUAGAGAGGGCUUGAUCGAUACGGCCGUCAAAACAUCACGUUCGGGUUAUUUGCAGCGUUGUCUCACGAAACAGUUAGAGGGGGUUCAUGUUGCGUACGACAACUCGGUGAGAGAUGGAGACGGAUCGUUGCUCCAAUUCCUUUACGGUGGUGAUGCCAUUGAUACUACUAAACAGUCUCAUAUGAAUCAAUUCGAAUUCUGCUUGCAGAACUAUGAUGCAUUAGUGAGCAGAUACAAUCCGGGUGACUUGGCUGGCCAUUUGAAUACAGAAACCGCUCUCUCUUAUGCGAAGAAAGCCAGGAAGCACCAGAAGAAGACGUCACUGUCUCGUCAUUAUGAACAAAGCACAAAGUACGAUCCUGUGCUUUCGGUAUACAAUCCUUCAAAGUAUUUGGGCUCUGUUUCUGAGAAGUUUCAGGACAAGCUUGAUGCUUUCACAAAGGAGCAUCCUCAACUUUUUGCAAAAUCACUGGACAAAGGCGUCAGUGAGAAGAAAUUUAAGGCCUUGAUGCAACUUAAAUAUAUGAGGUCUCUUAUAAACCCCGGAGAGGCUGUUGGAAUUGUUGCGGCUCAAUCUAUCGGAGAGCCUUCUACACAAAUGACUCUUAACACCUUUCAUUUCGCUGGUCAUGGUGCUGCUAACGUUACUCUUGGUAUUCCUAGAAUGAGAGAAAUCAUCAUGACCGCAUCGGCCUCUAUUGCAACACCACAAAUGUCAUUACCGCUUCUUCCUGAUGUCGAUAACGCAAUGGCAGACGCUUUCUGCAAGUCAAUCGGAAAGGUCUUCCUCAGUGAGUUCAUCGAUGACGUUGUCGUUACGGAAACAACUGGGGUGGAGGAAGGUAGCUCGUCUUCACACAGAGCUUAUAGAGUCAGAAUCACUUUUUUUUCAAAAGAGGAAUAUGUUGAUGAAUAUGACAUUUCUCAAGAAGAGUUGGAGAAAACAAUCUCCUCCAAGUUUUUGAAUAAGUUGGAAUUGGCGAUCAACAAGAACUUAAAAUCGCAGAUAAAGAGCUCUACUUUGCCCGUGGUUGGUAAAGCCUUGCCAAAAUCUCAAACUGAUGCCGCGCUCCCUACCAGGAGAGAAUUUGAGGGUGAUGGCGAAGAAGAUGGUGAUGCUACCGAUCACAAAAUCAAAUCCAACUCCAAAGAAGCUGUUUCUUAUGAAGAGCCAGAUGAAGACGAAGUGGAGUGCAUGAGGAGAGCUGAAGAAACAUCUAACGACGAAAUGGAAGACUCAAGUGAUUCUGAUGAGUCUGAUGCAUCUGACUCCGAUGAUGAUUCUGUGGAAAAUGAUAAUCUUAUGGAUGUUGAAGCUCAGGAAAAGCCCGAAAUUAAGGUCGCUUUGACUAAAUCGGCAAGAGACAGACAAGCUGAAGUCAUCUCUUCGCAUCACUACAUCAAGAAAUACAAUUUCGAUGAUGAGAAAGGACAAUGGUGUGAGUUUGAUAUCGAAUUACUUGGUGAUGUUCAAAAGCUAUUGAUGGUCAACAUCAUCGAGGAUUUAUGUCGUGAGGUAGUCGUGAGAGAAAUUGCUCAUAUCGGUAGAUGUCUUCGUCCUCAGCCAGAUAAUGGUGUUCGUGCCUUGACAACUGAAGGUGUGAAUUUUAAAGCUAUGUGGGAUCAAGAUGACUUCAUCGACGUUAACGCGAUUACAUCUAAUGAUAUCGUUGCAGUUCUCAAGACCUAUGGUGUUGAGGCUGCCAGGAAUACAAUUGUCAACGAGAUAAACAACGUGUUCUCUACUUACGCGAUCUCGGUCUCGACUCGCCAUCUAGAUUUGAUCGCAGACAUGAUGACAAGAGAAGGAACAUAUCGCGCCUUCAACAGACAAGGUAUCGACUCCUCGACAUCAGCUUUUAAGAAAAUGUCUUAUGAGACCACCUGCCAGUUUUUGACGAAGGCAGUUCUUGAUGGUGAAAAGGAAGACCUAGACUCGCCCUCAGCAAAGAUUGUUAUGGGAUUAUUAGCGAAUAUUGGAACGGGUUCCUUCGAUAUCAUGGCUGAUAUAUGA